CGAUCUCAUGGCUUCAGUGUAAUGUUUACCGCCGUUGAGAAAGACAGAAAACGAUAGAGAUAGAGAGAGAGAGACUGAAUAAGAAAGAUACGAAUUUCAGAUACGUUGGGAUAACAGAAGGCAGUUUCCUAUACACUGGAAAAUAGUCUUCUGAAAAAAAAAAAAAAAAAAAAAAAAUUAAGUUAUCUCAACUCGUGCAUGUAAAAUCGGGGAGUACAUUAGAGCCGUGAAUCGGCUAGAACUUCAGAGUUUCAAAGCAACACCAACAAGAAGGCAUGAUUGUGCGACGGAGCUCAGUAUUUUCUACUUUCUACCUUCAUGCCUUUUUGUUAUGCUUGCCGACGAAGGUGUCUGACGCAUCGGGACACUUCGAGUUGGAAAUCUUAUCGAUGCAGAACACGAAUGGUGAACUGCAGAACGGCUCGUGCUGCGACGGCGCGAGGAACUCGGCGGAUCGCAAAUGCACGCGGGACGAAUGUUAUACGUAUUUUAAAGUUUGUCUGAAGGAAUAUCAAUCGCGAGUUUCCGCUGCUGGGCCUUGCAGUUUCGGAACUGGAUCUACGCCCGUUAUCAGUGGGAAUAAAUUUUCGACCAAGGGUACGCGGAGUGAAAAGUCAAGGAUUGUUUUACCCUUCAGUUUCGCUUGGCCGAGGUCCUACACGUUGAUAGUGGAGGCCUUGGACUUCAAUAAUGAUACCGCCAGUGAAAGUCCACCCGGAAAGCUCAUCGAGAAAGCGUACCACUCUGGUAUGAUCAACCCAAAUCAACAAUGGCAGAGGCUGAACCAUAUCGGCCCCAUCGCCCAGUUUGAGUACCAGAUCCGGGUAACCUGUGAUGAACACUACUACGGCUUCGGCUGCAACAAGUUCUGCCGGCCACGUGACGAGUUCUUUGGACAUUACACCUGUGACCAGAAUGGCAAUAAGACUUGCCUGGAAGGAUGGACCGGCCCUGACUGCAAUACAGCCAUCUGCAGACAAGGUUGCAGCACCGAACACGGAUCUUGUAAGCGACCAGGGGGCUGCAAGUGUCUAUAUGGCUGGCAGGGUUUGUACUGUGACAAAUGCAUCCCUCAUCCUGGCUGUGUCCACGGAACUUGUGUGGAGCCCUGGCAGUGCCUUUGUGACACUAAUUGGGGUGGACAACUCUGUGACAAAGAUCUGAACUACUGUGGAACUUACCAGCCGUGUCUCAAUGGAGGAACAUGCAGCAAUACAGGACCCGACAAGUACCAGUGCUCUUGUGCUGAUGGCUACUCUGGGGUCAACUGUGAAAGAGCGGAACGUGCCUGUCUAUCCAACCCAUGUGGCAACGGAGGGACGUGCAAAGAGACUAGUCAGGGUUACGAGUGUUUCUGCGAGGUCGGCUGGAGCGGCCCAUCCUGCAAUAUCAAUGUGGACGACUGUUCGCCCAACCCAUGCAAGCACGGAGGUACCUGUCAGGAUUUGGUCAAUGGCUUCAAAUGCACCUGCCCUCCUCACUGGACCGGCAAAAUGUGUCUAAUUGAUGCCAAUGAAUGUGAGGACAAGCCUUGUGUGAAUGCUAAAUCAUGCCACAAUCUGAUUGGUGGAUAUUUCUGUGAGUGUCUCCCUGGCUGGACGGGUCAAAACUGUGAUAUAAACAUAAAUGACUGCCAGGGUCAGUGUUUGAAUGGAGGAACUUGCAAGGACUUGGUGAACGGUUACGGCUGUCUUUGCCCACCUGGUUACUCAGGUGAACACUGUGAAAAAGAUGUGGAUGAGUGCGCUAGCAGCCCGUGCCUGAAUGGCGGUCGAUGUCAGGAUGAAGUCAGCGGAUUUCAGUGCCUGUGCCCUGCCGGCUUCUCAGGUCAGCUGUGUCAGCUGGAUAUUGAUUACUGCAAGCCCAGUCCAUGUCAGAACGGUGCACAAUGUUUCAACCUGGCAUCGGACUACUUUUGCAAAUGUCCCGAUGAUUAUGAAGGCAAAAACUGCUCGCACCUAAAGGACCAUUGUCGAACCACAUCAUGCCAAGUGAUUGACAGCUGCACUGUUGCCAUGGCAUCUAACAGCACACCUGAUGGGCUGCGGUAUAUCUCCUCAAAUGUAUGUGGCCCCCACGGACGCUGCAGGAGCCAGGCAGGAGGCCAGUUUACAUGCGAGUGUCAGGAAGGAUUCAGAGGCACCUACUGUCAUGAGAAUAUAAACGAUUGUGAGAGUAAUCCAUGCCGGAACGGCGGAACUUGCAUCGAUAAAGUGAAUGUAUACCAGUGCAUUUGUGCUGACGGCUGGGAAGGAGUUCACUGUGAAAUCAAUAUAGAUGACUGCAGCUUUAAUAUCUGCAUGAACAAGGGAGCAUGUCAAGACCUGGUGAACGAUUUCUACUGCGAAUGUAGAAAUGGCUGGAAGGGAAAAACCUGCCACUCCCGUGAUAGCCAAUGUGACGAAGCCACAUGCAACAACGGAGGUACGUGCCAUGAUGAAGGGGACAUCUUCAAAUGCAGAUGCUUACCUGGCUGGGAAGGAGCCACCUGUAACAUAGCCAAGAACAGCAGCUGUCUACCCAACCCAUGUGAGAACGGCGGCACCUGUGUAGUCAGUAGUGACUCCUUCACCUGCGUCUGCAAGGAAGGCUGGGAGGGACCCACCUGUACAGAGAAUACCAACGACUGCAACCCACACCCAUGCUACAACAGCGGGACGUGUGUGGACGGUGAAAACUGGUACCGUUGCGAGUGCGCCCCAGGUUUCGCCGGGCCGGACUGCCGCAUAAAUAUAAACGAGUGCCAGUCGUCUCCCUGCGCAUUUGGCUCUACCUGCGUAGAUGAAAUCAAUGGUUAUCGCUGCCUUUGUCCACCUGGAAGAACAGGACCUGAGUGUCAAGAAGUCAUUGGAAGACCCUGUAUUGCUAGUGGACAAGUAACUGCAGAUGGCACCAAAUGGGAGGAAGACUGCAACAUCUGCCAGUGUCAGAAUGGAAGGAUUCAUUGCACCAUGAUAUGGUGUGGACCAAAGUCAUGUCGGGCAGGAAAGGGUAAAGGUGGGUGUCCAGUCGGCCAAUCCUGUGUUCCCAUUAAGGAAGAGCAGUGCUUUGUCAAACCCUGCCCCAGCCUUGGAGAAUGCUGGCCGCCAGCUCCUCCUCCACCCUCCAAAUGCCACACCAGCUUCUCUAACCAGGAAGACAGCUGUGCCAACAUCACAUUCACCUUUAACAUGGAGAACAUGCCUCAAGGCUUGAGCGUAGAACAUGUAUGUAAUGAGCUGAGGCAUUGGUACCUGCUGAAGAACCUCACGGCAGAGUAUGCAGUGUCCAUUACAUGUGAGCCAUCUUCUUCAGCCAGCAACGAGAUUCAUGUCAGCAUUUCCACAGAAGAGCCCAGGUUUGACAGCAGUCCAAUUAAAGAAAUUACAGUUCAAAUCAUUGACUUGGUGAGCAAGCACAAUGGAAACAACACCAUCAUCAAAGCCAUCACCGGCGUACGUGUUCAUCAGGCACCAAGCCCCAAAACUGACUACCUGGUUCCUCUGCUCAGCUCCAUUUUUAUAGUGCUCUGGAUCGUCGCCCUGGCCUCGGCUUUCCUUUGGUGCAUGCACCGCCGGCGGAAACAGAACACCCAUGGCAAUGCAACUACCUCAACUACAGAGGACAAUACCACCAAUAAUGUGCGGGAGCAGCUCAACCAAAUCAAAAAUCCCAUUGAAAAACAUGCGGCCAAUAGUGUGGCCAUAAAAGACUACGAGGGGAAGAACUCUAUCAUUGCCAAAAUUAGGACUCAUAACACUGAGGUGGAGGAAGAGGACAUGGAGAAACACCUGCAGAAAGCGCGCUUCACAAAACAGCCAGCUUACACGCUGGUGGAGAGAGAGGAGCGAACGCCUAACAAAAACCCAAAUUGGACUAACAAACAGGACAACAGAGACUUGGAGACAGCUCAGAGCUUGAACAGGAUGGAAUAUAUCAUAUAGCAGGCAGCUGUGUUGCCGUGCGACAAAACCCCCUUCUCCUGUCCCUCAUGCACAUACUGGUCACUUGGCAGAGUCUCGGAGGGGUUGUACUUCUUAAAAACUGUUGCGUCGUGUUCUGGACUCUAAGACUAUUGUUUGCCUAGAACACAUGUAUUAAUUUAAGUUUUGACAAGCUGGCUUAACACUGGCAAUUGAUAGUUGCUGUGGAUGGCUGAAAAACCGAAAUGCUGCAUUUCGUAUCCUUGGGAAACCAGUUCACGAGUGUUUUCCAUUAAAAAAGAAAAAAGUAUAAAAAAGAACACAUACAUUUCAAAUGUCUAUAUUUUUGUGGAUACGUUUGAGUAUCUGAAAAGUUUGCAUAGUGUUUGCAAAUAGUUUAUAAGUGUUGUUUUUGUUUAUAAUGACAAUGCUCUCACAGCUAAAGUAGUUGUUUCUUCUUGAUCCAGCAGAUUUGUGGAAACUCUCUCUAGUUGGUUUUAUUUCUAAUUCUGAACUUAGUGCCUUCACAGCUACGCACCACAGCAAUUGUCAGAAAUAAAUAAAAAGAACAAAAAAAUUAUUUAUUAUUUUUCUCUUCUUGGGGCGGGAUAUGUCGGUCAGCAUUUGCUGCCAAUAUGAAGAAUUGUGUCAAUUUAGAACUUGUGUAGAUAUGUAUAUAUAUAUAUAUUUUUUUUUUUUUUUUUUUUAUUAAUCACUGUGUAUAUUUGAUUUUAUUAACUUAAUAAUCAAGAGCCUUAAAAUAUCAUUCCUUUUUAUUUAUAUGUCCUGUCUAGUUUUGAUAGAUUUGUUAGCCUAUAGCUUUGUUCAAACACAUUUGUUUCAUGUUUCAGAUACCAAAAUUUGAAGAGAAAAAAGCAGUCUAUUUUUAAAAAAAUAAGACGGGCAUUUAUGUGCCUGAGAAUUUUUUUAUUAUUCUUUUUUUAUAUACAUUGUCAGAUAUUUCAAUAUUUGAAACUUCUAAUGUAUGUUUUUGCCAACUCUUACUUGCAUAUACUCAAUGCAGGUCAAGUAAAAUAAUGGCUGCUUUUUGUUUGGAUACUUGGUGGCAGACACAUUGCUUGCCACACAUGGAAAAAAAAAUGAAUUAAAAAACAAAAGGGAACAAGAGUCUUUUAGUUGCUUGUUGGUUCACCUUCUCAGAUUAGAAAAUAGAGUCAAACACAGACCAUGAUUCACAGAAAUUAUUUCUCUUCAGCUUCGGUUUGCAGUAUGUCAUAAGCUAGGCUGUGAAUACUUGAACAGUAGGGGGGCCAAUGGAAACACUGUAAGUGACUGCCUUGCUUUCAGGAGUCCAUUUCUAUUGCUGUGCACAUGUAGUGUUCUUUUCGUAAUCUUUUAUAUCAAGGCUCUCUAAAACGACAAACCAACAUGCUUAUAACAUUUGUAAAUUCUAUGAGAUCAAGGAAAUAUUCAAUGUUCAUAUUUGAUCUUAUUGUAAAAAAAAUUUUGUUUGUUUGUUCCUGGCAAUAUUUUUUGAAUGUUAUAUUUAUUAAACAUUUUGUAUAAA